UCGGACGACGUCUUCGUACACGCCGUCUCUCUCUCUCUCUCUCUCUCUCUCUCUCUCUUCUCUCUCUCUCUCUCGUUCGCUUCGUUCUCAUUUGACAUUUCGCACUGAGAAAAUGAGAGAGUGCAUCUCGAUCCACAUUGGCCAAGCUGGGAUCCAGGUCGGGAAUGCGUGUUGGGAACUUUAUUGCCUCGAGCAUGGCAUUCAGCCUGAUGGCCAAAUGCCCGGCGAUAAAACUGUCGGUGGAGGUGAUGAUGCAUUCAACACCUUCUUCAGCGAGACAGGUGCAGGGAAGCAUGUCCCCCGUGCUGUGUUUGUUGAUCUGGAACCCACUGUGAUCGAUGAGGUGAGGACCGGAACCUACCGCCAGCUCUUCCACCCCGAGCAACUCAUCAGCGGCAAGGAAGAUGCCGCCAACAACUUUGCCCGUGGCCACUAUACCAUUGGCAAGGAGAUUGUUGAUCUCUGCCUCGACCGCAUCAGGAAGCUUGCCGACAACUGCACUGGGCUUCAGGGCUUUCUUGUCUUCAAUGCUGUUGGCGGAGGCACUGGCUCGGGCCUUGGCUCUCUCCUUCUUGAGCGUUUAUCCGUUGACUAUGGUAAGAAGUCAAAGCUGGGCUUCACUGUGUAUCCCUCUCCUCAGGUCUCCACCUCUGUCGUCGAGCCCUACAACAGUGUUCUCUCCACCCACUCCCUUCUGGAGCACACUGAUGUUGCAGUUCUCCUCGACAAUGAGGCCAUUUAUGACAUCUGCCGCCGCUCCUUAGACAUCGAGCGCCCCACCUACACCAACCUCAAUCGCCUCGUUUCUCAGGUGAUUUCAUCUCUGACUGCCUCGCUGCGAUUUGAUGGCGCCCUGAAUGUGGAUGUGACAGAGUUCCAGACCAAUCUGGUUCCCUACCCGCGCAUCCACUUCAUGCUCUCCUCCUACGCCCCUGUUAUCUCUGCUGAGAAGGCCUACCAUGAGCAGCUCUCCGUGGCUGAGAUUACGAACAGCGCAUUUGAGCCUUCCUCCAUGAUGGCCAAGUGUGACCCCCGCCACGGCAAGUACAUGGCCUGCUGCCUCAUGUACCGCGGCGACGUCGUCCCCAAGGACGUCAAUGCUGCCGUUGCCACCAUCAAGACCAAGCGCACCAUCCAGUUUGUCGACUGGUGCCCCACCGGCUUCAAGUGCGGGAUCAACUACCAGCCACCGACCGUCGUGCCAGGUGGCGACCUAGCCAAGGUGCAGAGGGCCGUGUGCAUGAUCUCGAACUCAACCAGCGUCGCGGAGGUGUUCUCGCGGAUCGACCACAAGUUCGACCUCAUGUAUGCGAAGAGGGCGUUUGUGCACUGGUAUGUUGGGGAAGGGAUGGAGGAAGGCGAGUUCUCAGAGGCGCGCGAGGAUCUCGCUGCACUGGAGAAGGAUUAUGAGGAGGUCGGUGCCGAGUCGGGUGAGGGGGAUGAGGGAGACGAAGGUGACGAGUACUGAGGAUGAGAGACUCAUGUGCUUGUUUGAAUGUGACAGUGUUCCAGUUUGUUGUGUUUGUUGAUGUUGUGCUUGCGUCUUGCUGUUGUUUGAUGUGCUGCUAUUCGCAUGGGUCUAUGUUUGGAAUGUGGUCUUCCGAGUUAUCGGCUUUUAAAUCCCAAUAAAGAUGCCAUUAAAUUGGUGCUUUUAUUCAAA